AUGAACUGGCAGCGCUUUCAGACGACCGAGUUUGGCGCGAUCGUCGACCACGUGGUCACUGCGCCAUGGGCGACGAUGACGUCGACGCCGUCCAACCCAGAACACUACAUGGGCAACUGCAUCUACAUCGAUGCGUCCGUGGCACCUCCAGCAGGUGCGGACUUGGACGCAAUGGAGGCCAACCAGCGCCAGGCCAACGCGCGCGUCGUCUAUCAGUUCGUCGACGCCAAGGCCGCGAGUGCCCCGUUUGCGUCCGA